AUGCCCAGUAAAAAACCCAACAUUGUUUUUAUUCUGGCGGACGACUACGGCUGGAAUGACAUUGGUUAUCAUGGGUCAUUCAUACAAACUCCAAACCUUGACAGCCUGGCAUCAGAGGGAGUUACGUUAGAGAAUUACUAUGUGCAGCCCAUAUGUAGCCCGUCAAGGUGCCAGCUCAUGACAGGCAGGUAUCAGAUUCACUACGGGAUGCAACAUAGUGUAAUUACUAGCGACCGCCCCCAUGGUCUGCCUUUAGAUGAAAUUACCCUACCCCAGAAGCUAAAGGAAAAUGGGUACAGCACUUAUAUCGUGGGCAAAUGGCACCUUGGAUUCUACAGAAAGGAAUACAUGCCACUGCGCAGGGGAUUUGAAAGGUUUUACGGUUACCUGACCGGAGGUGAGGACUACUGGACACAUCGGAGGCCGAACCUUUUUGCAAAGGAUCCAAACGCAUUUCACGGGCUUGACUUACGAGACCAAGACAAACCUGUCCUUGAUCAAAAUGGAACCUAUUCUACCAACCUGUUUGCUUCAAAAGCUAUCGAAGUCAUACGGAAUCAUCCGCAGAACAAGCCGAUGUUUCUCUACCUGCCAUUUCAAGCUGUCCAUUCACCUCUCGAAGCACCCCGAGAGUACAUUGACAUGUACAAAAACGUAAAGAAUACCCUUGUCAGGACAUAUGCCGCCAUGGUGACAGCGAUGGAUGAGGCAGUGGGGAAUGUUACUGACGCCUUGAGAAAGACGGGAUUGUGGAACGAUACAGUUCUCAUCUUUUCUACAGAUAACGGUGCUAGGAGAAACGCUGGAAGUAACUGGCCGCUAAGAGGUUGGAAGAGUACCCUGUGGGAGGGAGGAAUACGAGGUGUUGGUUUUGUUACCAGCAAACUACUGAAGAAAGCAAAACGAAGAAGUGAUGCUCUUAUUCACAUCUCUGAUUGGUUCCCUACUCUACUUCGUAUCUCUCGUGCAUCAACAAAUAACACAAAGUCUUUGGAUGGAUUUGAUGUGUGGGACGCAAUAAGCAUGGGCUCACCUUCUCCACGGAAAGAAAUCCUCCACAACAUUGACCCUCUCCAACGGCGAUCAAAAUCCUCAUCUUCACACUUGUGGUCUGAUGACAUUUUUGACACCUCUACUUACGCUGCUAUUCGGUCCGGGAACUGGAAGUUGCUGACAGGUUAUCAAGACCUGGGAGGCUGGAAACAUCGAGGCACAUCAGGAAAUCAUUUUGAAGAGCCAGAAGACUCGCAUGACAAGCACCUAUGGCUGUUUAAUAUUCGUGACGACCCACAGGAGAGAACAGAUUUGUCUGAAAAGUACCCUGAUGUUGUGAAAGUGCUCCUAAACAAGCUAGCGUCAUACAACAAGACUGCUGUCCCACCAUUUUGGCCACCUCCUGACCCUAGGGCAAAUCCUGCAUUACAUGGAGACCUUUUUGGGCCAUGGCUUUAG